GUUGCGCAGGUCUCCGCGUGAUGACAGCAAAUGACAGCACUGUUCGCUCCUGCAGAAGCCAGUGUAAGACGGCUAACCACCAACAAACAAUUCCUCUGAUUCGAGAUAUCUCAUGAUCAGCUGUGUUUGGAGAAACUGUGAGAAAACCAGUAUACGCUAAUUACAUUUGGCAUUUCCCUCUCUGCUUGUGUGAGCUGGUGAAGAUGGUGAAGCCAGACAUCCACACUCUGGCCCACCACCUGAAGCAGGAGCGGCUGUACGUGGCAUCCGAGAAGCAGCUGAUCCAGAGGCUCAACAGUGAUGUGCUGAAGACAGCUGAGAGGCUGUACCGGGCUGCAUGGAUCGCCAAGCAGCAGAGGAUCAACCUCGAUCGUCUCAUUCUCACCAGUGCGGAGGCGUCUCCGGCUGAAUGCUGCCAACAUGCCAAAAUGUUGGAAGACACUCAGUUCGUCGACGGCUACAAGACUCUGGGCUUCCAGGAGACAAUCUAUGGCGAGUUCUUGGCCAGGAUGAGGGAGAACCCCAGACUGGUGGCGUCCUGCCUGGUCGCAGGAGAGAGGCUGAGCCAGGAGCACACCCAGGGGGUCAUCCAUGCAGUCUUCACCUCACUUUAUGGCAACUGUAUCAUGCAGGAGGAUGAGAGCUACCUGCUACAGGUGUUGCGAUACCUGAUAGAGUUUGAGCUGAAGGAGAGUGACAACCCUCGCCGCCUACUGCGACGGGGAACCUGUGCCUUCAGCAUCCUUUUCAAGCUCUUCUCCGAGGGCCUGUACUCAGCCAAGCUCUUCCUCACCGCCACCCUCCAUGAACCCAUUAUGCAGCUGCUGGUGGAAGAUGAAGACCACCUGGAGACUGACCCAGCGAAGGUGACGGAGCGCCUAACUCCGGCCCAGCAGGAACGCUUCGGAGAGAAGGGCUCUGAGGGCUACAAACAAAGGGUGCAGGCAGCUGUGGAGGCCAAUGAAGCCAAGCUGGUAGCUCUGGUCAACAAGUUUAUUGGUUACCUGAAGCAGAACACCUACUGCUUUCCCCACAGUCUGCGCUGGAUUGUGUCGCAGAUGUACAAGACUUUGUCAUGUGUGGAGCGUCUUGAGGUGGGCGAGGUGCGCACCAUGUGUACGGACCUACUGCUGACCUGCUUCAUCUGCCCAGCUAUAGUUAACCCAGAGCAGUAUGGUAUCAUCUCAGACGCCCCCAUCAAUGAAGUGGCCCGCUUCAAUCUAAUGCAGGUGGGGCAGCUUUUGCAGCAGUUAGCCAUGGCUGAUGAUGAUGCAGACCCAAGGAGGAAAAGCAGUUUGUCCAAAUUUGAUAAGAGUUGUGUAGCUGCCUUUCUGGAUGUGGUGAUUGGAGGAAGAGCAGUCGAGACCCCACCCAUGUCCUCAAUGAACCUCCUCGAAGGCCUCAGUAGGACUGCGGUCUAUAUUUCACAUAAUCAGCUGCUCGUGCUGGUGGACUUUGUGCGGAGUGUGAUGGCAGGGGACCACCUUCGGGAGGAGGAGCACAUGGCUCUGGAGACCCUGCUUGCCAACGUGCCCCGGUCUCGAACUGUAAAGAGCAACAGUCUGGAGCUCACUCCCUCCAACACCCCGCAGCUCUCCCCAGCUACCACUCCUGCCAACAAGAAGAACAGGCUACCCAUAGGACAACACUUAGCCGCUAUAACAUCCUGGGACCCCACAACCACCACUCUGUCUCACAUUCCAUUAGUAACCCCUUUUGCGGAUUAUGGCUUUUCAUUAUCAGCAGCUGCUCGUAGCCGCAGCCGUACCAACAUAGCCCAGGAGGGGGAGGCAGAGGCCAGCUCCCAAGAAUCCCUACAGGAGCUGAUGCCAGAGGAGGUGCUGGUGAUUUCACUCGGAACUGGUCCCCAGACUGUCCCUGGGAUGAUGUCAGAGAAUGAGGUUUUGAACCUGCAGAUGGCUGAUGGGGCCCAGGGGGACGGCCAUGCUGAUGAUACUAAGCUGCAUGGUAAACCAGACAAAACCCUGCGCUUCUCCCUCUGUAGUGACAACUUGGAAGGCAUCUCAGAGGGUCCAUCCAAUCGUUCUAACUCUGUGUCAUCUCUGGACCUGGAGGGAGAGUCUGUUUCUGAGCUGGGAGCUGGACCAUCCGGGAGCAACGGGGUGGAGGCUCUACAGCUUUUGGAGCAUGAACAGGCCACCACUCAGGACAACCUGGAUGAUAAACUGCGCAAGUUUGAGAUCAGAGACAUGAUGGGUCUGACAGAUGAUCGGGACAUCUCUGAGACGGUCAGCGAAACCUGGAGCACUGAUGUGCUUGGCAGUGACUUUGACCCCAACAUGGAUGAAGAUCGGCUGCAGGAGAUAGCAGGGGCAGCUGCAGAAAACAUGCUCGGCAGCCUGCUGUGUCUUCCUGGCUCGGGUUCAGUAUUGCUGGACCCCUAUGGCUCCACCAUCUCAGAGACCACAAGUGAGGCCUGGAGCGUGGAGGUCCUUCCCAGUGACUCAGAAGCCCCGGACCUGAAACAGGAGGAGCGUCUGCAGGAGCUGGAGAGCUGCUCAGGGGUUGGCAGUACCUCAGAUGACACCGAGGUCAGAGAGGUCAGCUCGAGACCUAGCACACCAGGCCUCAGUGUUGUCUCAGGUAUCAGUGCAACCUCAGAAGACAUCCCCAACAAGAUCGAGGACCUGCGGUCAGAGUGCAGUUCAGACUUCGGAGGAAAGGACUCUGUGACCAGUCCAGAUGGGGAGGAGUCAGUCCACGGAGCACAUCAUCUGACAUCUCCACCCUCACAGACCGAUUCCUUACUGGCCAUGUUCGAUCCCCUCUCCUCCGGUGAAGGCUCCUCCACUGGAACAAUAGUGAGGCCUAAAGUUCACUACGCCAGGCCCCCUCACCCUCCCCCAGAUCCUCCCAUCCCUGAAGCCAGUGCCCUGGGGCCAGAGACGCGCCACUCUCUCUUCACGCCCCACUACCUGGCCCAGGCUGAGCUGGAGCACACCAAGCAGCGCCACUCCUUCCCUGACAGGCUGGUUCGUAGCCGCAGCUCUGACAUCGUGUGCCCAGGCCGCCGGCCCACAAGUGACCCCGGCCUUAAUCGGCGGGUAGCAGUUGAAGAGCGUGACCCUGCCGGGGCAUUCGCCUUAGGACCGUCCUCGUCCCCCAGCAAGGACUCCCUGAAAGGAGAGGCUGAGGACAGGAAAGACAGUGACGAUGAGAAGUCUGAUCGCAACAGACCAUGGUGGAAGAAACGUUUUGUGUCAGCCAUUCCCAAAGUGCUGUAUUGGACGGCUGAGAGUGAUGUCCCAGCUCCGAUAGCAGCAUUUCGGAAAAGGGACAAGCAGGAAAAAGACGACGUUACCCAGGAGCGCAUUCCACAAGAUGACCCAUUGCCCAGACAUAGCUCUCAAGCGCAGGCAGCUGAAGACAUCCUGGACAAGUACAGGAACAUCAAAAGGACCAGCCCGAGCGAUGGAGCCACGGGCGGAGCUUCUUACGAUGGUACAGGAGAUCUUUGUGUUGAGGACAGUGUACAUGACUCUCCUAGAGAAGACACUCUGCAGAACAUUUCCACAGAUGACCUCCCAGACUCAGCCAGCCAGACAGCGCAGCAGCAUGACUCCAAGUUCUCUUUCAGUGAUGCAAAGAAGAAGUUGAGGUUGGCGUUGUGUUCUGCAGACUCAGUGGCUCUGCCCAUCAUGGCUCCUGCAACCACACGAAAUGGGCUGCCUGACCAUAUGGACUCUGAAGAGAAUGAGAUCGUCUGCUUCCUGAAGAUCCAGCUAGCAGAGGCCAUCAACCUUCAGGAUAAGAACCAGAUGGCCCAGAUCCAGGAGACCACGCGCUGUGUCAGCCGCUUUGACUCUCGCACCUGCAGGAAGCUGCUGGCUGCCAUUGCUGAGGAUUACAGAAAGCGGGCACCAUACAUAGCUUAUCUAACCAGGUGUCGUCAGGGCCUGCAGACCUCUCAGGCCCAUCUGGAGAGGCUCCUCCAGAGGGUGCUGAGAGACAAGGAGGUGGCUAACCGCUACUUCACCACUGUCUGUGUUCGGCUCCUUCUCGAACACAUGGAGGCCAAGAUGCUUGACUUCAUUAAAGCGUUCCAGGGAUGCACAGCAGCGGAUGACAAGACGGCAGCAGUGGAGGAUUUUCUGAGCUACUUGUACGGUGCCAUGGCCCGUGAUGCCAUUUGGCAGUAUGCUAGCGAGGACCAGCUGCAGGAUGCCCAGAUGGCUAUUGAGCGCAGCGUUAUGAACCGUAUCUUUAAACUGGCUUUCUACCCCAACCAGGAUGGAGAUAGUCUCAGAGACCAGCUUUUCCAUGAACAUAUCCAGCGGCUCUCAAAAGUUGUGACUGCCAAUCAUAAAGCUCUUCAAGUCCCAGAGGUUUACCUGAAGGAGGCUCCCUGGCCCUCUGCACAGUCUGAGAUCAGGACCAUUAAUGCAUACAAGACGCCACGAGACAAAGUCCAAUGUAUACUGCGCAUGUGUUCCACCAUUAUGAACCUCCUCAGUCUGGCCAAUGAAGACUCCGUCCCUGGAGCUGAUGACUUUGUCCCUGUGCUUGUCUUUGUCCUCAUCAGGGCAAACCCGCCCUGCCUGCUGUCCACCGUUCAGUACAUCAAUAAUUUCUAUGCCAGCCGGCUGAGUGGGGAGGAGUGCUAUUGGUGGAUGCAGUUCACCGCGGCGCUGGAAUUCAUUAAGACCAUCGACGAUCGCAAGUGAAGCAGAACAGCCACCUGUAUGGGCAGACUGCGGGGGAAGGAGCCGGGAGACUGGGAGACUUCCCAACCAACUGCUCUCUCAGCCCAGCUUAUAAAACCUGGCCUUCAGCCUGCUCUUUAUUUGUAUAGCUUGUACAUAGCCAGAGACGUUGAAAGAUGACAAAAUAUAUAUUACUUUAUGUAUGUGGACAAAUCCAGGUUUUAGCCGUGGUGAAAAAACGGCCUUCGGGAAAAAUUGGCAAGAUGUUAACUUUGAACCUGAUUUGGAUUUUUCCUUAUCUUUUUGUCUCUUCAGUAAUGUUUCACUUUUGGGGUCUGUAUUAGGAAUUGUAUAUAUACACAAUUAUCAAUAUGACAUUAAAUCAACUUAAAAGAUAAUCCUAUAUAAAGGGACCAGACUUCUUUGAUGUGAUCACUGAUCCCCCCCCCCCCCAGAGUGAGAGGGAAGGGCUUCCAAUUAAAUUACAAUAUAAUGUUCAUUAAAUGCAUUGUAACGUGGAGAUUUACAGUGCAUGAGAGUUACUAGUGGGAUUUAGUGACUCUUAAAUACUGAGUUCAAUUCACAAAAACCAUACUACUCAUAAGGUUAGUGUGUCAAACAGUAGGGCAGCUUAUUUCAUGAAGUGUUUACUUCAUCUUAUUCCCCCCAAAAAAAGUGUCAGUGAGAAUUUGGACAUAAGGGCCCACAUAUUUAUAUGAAAUAAAAUGUAUUUAUUUCUGUAAUUCUAUUUAAUGCUUUGUUUAUCUCAUUUAAAAAAAAAAUGUGACUGCAUAUCAUGCCCAUUCGCGAUGUCUGAGGCAAGUGGUGUUAUAAUAAACUUGCUAGAAAAGCUUGAGUUAGGAAGGCACCUUAGCGAUGAGUAACCCUUAGGUGGGGAUGCUGGGCGAUUAUGAUACAGGGUCAACUCAUGCACAGAGUAGUGGUGGCAUUUAUGGAAAUAUUGAAAAUAGUGCCUUUGUUGUGGGGCGCUCUGUACAGGUAGUUUUUUGGUUUUGACUAUUUUUUUUUUUAACCAAGCAUAGGCAUUAUUCCCCACACACACACACACACACACACACACUCCAAUGGGCCACCACGUCUCACUGAGAAACUUUUGUCCAGCCCUUGCUGAAGAAACAUGGGCACCAUUGAUUGUCAUGGCUCAGUCCCUUUAAUGCACUUGAGUUUGAACAAAUAUCCCCUUUUGGUAUUCUAGAUCCUACCUCAGAGUUGAAACCAAUGAGCCUGAUAUCAGUCUGUAUACAGUAACUGUCCUGCAUUGGUUGACAACAGAGUACUGGAUCAUUUUUGCACUGGUAAAAAAUAGUAAAACAGUGAGAGGAAGGUAGUAAAAGUUGGAUAUUGAGCUGCUGUGAUGCUUGUUGUGGUCACAUCACCCUUAAUUAACACAAGCCUUUGUUAGCGAACAAAGAUGUUUUAGUUUCUAAUCUUAUACCUGAGAUGCCACAAGUGUCCGCAUGGGCCAACUAGUGAACUAUUGGAUAUUAGCUCUCUACCUCCUCAUACGUUCAAGAAAGGGACUCGUGUUUAUGUGCACUUAUAUUUCUUUUUUUUCCCCCCAAUUUGGCGUGCUGUGAUAUCUUAGUGUCAUUGUAUCUUUCCAAUUAUAUUACAAGCAUGUCUUUAAUUAUCCAGAAAUUACUAAAAAAGUCCUCUUCUCUUGAAAUCCUCUGCUUCAUUUUUGUGCACAGACGUGCCACGUGUAUUAUAGUUUUCGAUAAUCCAUUUCUUUUCACGAUUAAUGAACUGACAGCACAGUACACGGUAGGAUAGAAGAGCAAAUAAUCAACACUAUUGACUUGUUACUGACUUGCAGUUUAUGCUAAAGUGGUUGGUGUAGUACGUGAGUGUGGUUUUUAUCUAGUGAGUGUGUGAGAUGAUUGUGUGAUUGCUUGACCCUCUGCCUCCUCUUGCAUGAAGUCAUUGGAUGGUCUGUACAUUCUCAAUCAUGAUAAACAGUAGAAUAGGAUUAGUAUCUGCAACAGGCCAGUAAUUGAACCUGCAAGAGGAUGCAAAGCUUCUCUUUGUGUCCGUGAUACUUGCAUAUCAGAACUCGAUGAUUUAUUUUGCACAAAACAGAUGUUUUCCUGAACAAAUUGACAGGGAGCAGUGCAUUUUGAAAUGUCAUUACUUCUGGCCUUUACGGUCAUUUAACAUAAACACAUUGUGAUUAAAAUAAUAUUUGAGUAGCUAAGUUAAGCACCUGACUGUUACUCUUUCAAGCUGAUGCACAUCCACAUUUAUGGGCAACAUCACGAACGCAUUUUUAUAUCUGUCUACAGUAGCACAUGCUACAGAUUUGUAUGUGUCUGUGCAGUAUACUUCCUUGCAGAGUCUGUGUAAUCAAUUUGAUGAGAAAACCAUGCACUGGAAAAUCAAGUUGCAGGUUGCAUCUAUACUAAUUAGGUUUAUGUGAUGUCACUUUAAUUGGAAAUACAUACUCCACAAAUCUGAUGAAAUUAUUUGGACCUGGCUUAUGUUUCAGCUUUUACUCAGAUAGCCGGGUCGCAGCAGCGACAGACGACCCCAGUGAAGUACUGAUCAAAACACCACAUUAUUUACACAAAAAUACAAUGACUGUGAUAGCAACUGCAAUUUUAACUCUGAUUGUAUGCAAACCACUGGACAGUGGUGUCAAGUAAACAGACUACGGAGUUGGUCUGUUCUUCAAAGCUUUACUGCUCUGCUCCCUGUGCAAUUGAGUUGAAAAGCUGAGCAGAGAAAAAAAAUUCAGAGUUUUACAUUUUACAUCUAAUUUUACAUUUAAUUGUAAGCUUGCACAAUUAUGACAUACGGGAAAAGCCGGUUUGUCUUUACUGUGAUUAAUGCAUUAUGUAAUUCUUUAAAAACAAUAAAAGAAGCAGAAGUUUUA